AUGGACUUUCAAAGCAAAGGAAAGACGGCAGAAUGUUCACAGUACCAGCAAAUGUUGCACAGAAAUCUUGUAUACUUAGCCACGAUAGCAGACUCCAAUCAGAACAUGCAGUCUCUACUUCCAGCUCCACCUACUCAGAAUAUGCCAAUGGGACCUGGUGGGAUGAACCCGAGCGGCCCCCCUCCUCAGCCACCUCAUGGUCACAACAUGCCGUCUGAGGGGAUGGUAAGUGGCGGCCCUCCUGCCCCACACAUGCAGAACCAGAUGAAUGGACAGAUGCCUGGCCCAAAUCACAUGCCAAUGCAAGGUCCCGGUCCUGGGCCUAACCAGCCUCCCAACAUGCAGAGCGGCGCCAUGAACAUGCCUCCCAGCAGCCACGGCUCAAUGGGUGGAUACAACCACACAGUCCCCUCGUCGCAGGGCGUGCCCGCACAGAGCCAAAUGAACAUGACCCAGGGACAGGCCAUGGGCAACUAUGGGCCACGACCAAACAUGAACAUGCCGCCAAAUCAAGGUCCAAUGAUGCACCAGCAGCCUCCCUCGCAGCAGUACAAUAUGCCCCCCGGUGGUGGAGGGCAACAUUACCAAGGGCAGCAGAACCCCAUGGGCAUGAUGGGUCAGGUUAACCAGGGCAAUCAUGUCAUGGGCCAGAGACCAAUGCCUCCUUACAGACCCCCACAGCAAGGACCCCCUCAGCAGUAUCCGGGGCAGGAAGACUACUAUGGGGACCAAUACAGUCAUGCAGGACAGGGAACAACAGAAGGUAAUGCGCAGUAUGGCCAGCAGCAGGAGGCUUACCAGCAAGGCCCGCCACAGCAGCAGGGAUAUCCUCCUCAGCAGCAGUACCCAGGACAGCAGGGCUACCCCCCACAGCAGCAAGCCUACGGUCCUUCCCAAAGCGCUCCCGGCCAGUAUCCAAACUAUCCGCAGGGCCAGGGGCAGCAAUAUGGGGCCUAUCGCCCCCCGCAGCCUGGCCCUCCACAAGGACAACAACAGCGCCCUUACGGUUACGACCAGGGCCAAUACGGAAACUACCAGCAAUGA